GCUAAUUCAGGAAGAAAAAGAAUCUACAGAGUUGCGUGCUGAAGAAAUUGAGAAUAGAGUGGCUAGUGUGAGCCUGGAAGGUCUGAAUCUGGCGAGGGUCCACCCGGGAACCUCCAUCACUGCCUCUGUCACAGCUUCGUCGCUGGCCAGUUCAUCUCCCCCCAGUGGCCACUCCACGCCAAAACUCACUCCGCGAAGCCCUGCAAGGGAAAUGGAUCGCAUGGGAGUUAUGACCCUGCCAAGUGAUCUAAGGAAACAUCGGAGAAAGAUUGCAGUAGUGGAAGAAGAUGGUCGGGAGGAUAAAGCAACAAUUAAAUGUGAGACUUCUCCUCCUCCUACCCCUAGAGCCAUCAGAAUGACUCACACCCUCCCUUCUUCCUACCACAACGAAGCCCGAAGUAGUUUAUCUGCCUCUCUUGAGCCAGAAAGCCUUGGGCUUGGCAGUACCAAUAGCAGCCAAGACUCUCUUCACAAAGCCCCCAAGAAGAAAGGAAUCAAGUCUUCCAUAGGACGUUUGUUUGGUAAAAAAGAAAAAGCUCGACUUGGGCAACUUCGAGGCUUUAUGGAGACAGAAGCGGCAGCUCAGGAGUCCCUGGGGUUGGGCAAACUUGGAACUCAAGCUGAAAAGGAUAGAAGACUGAAGAAAAACACAUCUGGGCAUGAACUUCUUGAAGAAGCUCGGAGAAAGGGAUUACCUUUUGCCCAGUGGGAUGGGCCUACGGUGGUCGCAUGGUUAGAGCUCUGGUUGGGAAUGCCUGCUUGGUAUGUGGCAGCCUGCCGAGCCAAUGUGAAGAGCGGUGCCAUCAUGUCCGCUUUAUCUGACACUGAGAUCCAGAGAGAAAUUGGAAUUAGCAAUCCACUACAUCGCUUAAAGCUCCGAUUAGCAAUCCAGGAGAUGGUUUCCCUAACAAGUCCUUCGGCUCCUCCGACAUCCCGAACUCCUUCAGGCAACGUUUGGGUGACCCAUGAAGAAAUGGAAACUCUUGCAGCUCCAGCAAAAACGAAAGAAUCUGAGGAAGGAAGCUGGGCCCAGCUCAAUAUGAGAAUGAUCUGUAACUUAAAUUUUUAUGAAAACACCCUAACAAAAAAAGAUCUCCGUGUUCAUUUAAAAAUGGUGGAUAGUUUUCAUCGAACAAGUUUACAGUAUGGAAUUAUGUGCUUAAAAAGGUUAAAUUAUGACAGAAAAGAGCUAGAAAGAAGACGGGAAGCAAGCCAACAUGAAAUAAAAGAUGUGUUGGUGUGGAGCAAUGAUCGAGUUAUUCGCUGGAUACAAGCAAUUGGACUUCGAGAGUAUGCAAAUAAUAUUCUUGAGAGUGGUGUGCACGGCUCACUUAUAGCCCUGGAUGAAAACUUUGACUACAGCAGCUUAGCAUUAUUAUUACAGAUUCCAACACAGAACACCCAGGCAAGGCAGAUUCUUGAAAGGGAAUACAAUAACCUCUUGGCUCUGGGAACUGAACGGCGACUGGAUGAAGGCGACGACAAGAGUUUCAGACGUGGAUCGACCUGGAGAAGGCAGUUUCCUCCUCGUGAAGUGCAUGGAAUCAGCAUGAUGCCCGGGUCCUCAGAAACAUUACCAGCUGGAUUUAGGUUAACCACAACGUCUGGGCAGUCAAGGAAAAUGACAACGGAUGUUGCUUCAUCAAGACUGCAGAGGUUAGACAACUCCACUGUUCGCACAUACUCAUGUUGACAAGCCACUCAAAGGAGGCAGCACUGACCUGCUAUGUCGUCUUUUCAGUCUAUUCUACCUAAAGUGCACUACCAUCUAAGAAGACAAGCAGUGAAAAUCUUUGUGAAGACUGAAUUCUAUCAAUAUAACCAUGAGUAAUGGUUUAUUAAAAGCUGAAAAUGUGAUUUUGGAGGGAGUCAGAUAUUAAGUUUGGUUAGUUUACUACAAUUGUAAUAAAAUGCUUAAGUCAUUUGAAUAAUAAACAUCAUCCACAUCAUAAACUCUGUAAAACAGAUGCUUUUAUGAAAAGAACCACUUGUUUUUUCAUGUUUUACUGUAAUAUACUAGGCAUUUAUGUAUUAUUGUGUAUUUCUUUUUAAAUGUGUAAGUCUUAUGUAAAUGGAUAUAAAUAUGAUUUUUUAAAAAAUAAAAUAUAUGGUUCAUGGAGUCUUGAGUGCAAACAUUUGACAAUUCUAAGUACUGUUUGUAUUUUACCAUUCUGCCAUUUUUACAGUUUUUGAAUUGUAAAAGUCAAAUCAAUAUGUUUCCUUGAAGUAUGUUUCAUGCUUCAACAUGUUUCUCCUUCAAGUCUGUCGAUACUUAAAGCUGAACACCUGCCUCUGAUCAUGUAAAAAAGAAUGAUUUAACCUGGAACUGGAGCCAAAAAUAGACCUUAAAAGGCAAUCAGGGAUGUCCUAUAUCUUUAGAAAUAGCACUGUGAUGGCUCGAUCUCGUUUUCAAUACAAAACAAAGCCAAACUGUUUACAAGAGUCAAAAGCAAUUAUUUUAAAAAUUUAUAUUAAAAAAAGAAACAUUAUCUUCUCUUGUUACCUGUGGACCAAGAAAAAAAGAAAAACUUCUUUACUGAGAAUCACAUGUUCAUUUGAAUAUCCUGAACCUCCAGCCAGCACUGGACAGUGAAUGUCAACCACUGCAGAGUCUGAGGCUCAUUUCCACUGGAAAAUCAAAAUCCCGGAAACCCUUCUCUUUUGUCAGUGUAACAGGGCAUUAGCCAGACUCAUGUUUAAUGUUAUAAGCUUUUAGCCAAGAUGGCCUUGUUGUGACUUCCCUGAAGUCAAUUUUAUCAGAGGAAAUAAAUGAAAGACAGAAUGAUUAACAUAAAUAGUGUAUAAAAGUAUAGAAGAGUAAUCUCUUCCCUGUGGCUUUAUUUGGUGGUGUUAUUGUUGUUUAUUCUUUGUUUAUAUUGGAGAUUUCAAAGUAAAAUCUAUUUAAUAAUAUCAUUUAUCUAACUGCUGAUUUUCUGCUGCUUGAUCUUAUUAAGCGCAAAACCUGUCAUUAGUAAUUUCCUUUUUGUAUUAUAAUUUGCUAUGUUUGCACGUACAUUACAUUUGUUUUGAUGUCUAUUUUUGUUUAACAGAUUCAGUCAAAAGGUAAUGGUAACAGAAAUCCUCUCCAUUGUCAAUAAAAAAAAAAUACUUCCA